CACACACAUGCACACAGUAAUUGUUUAUCAUACCGGCAUGUUAUUUGUUGUUAUUUAUUAAACAAUAUAUAAUUAUUAAUUAAUUAAAACUUGUUGAUUAAUUAUAAAAUAAAAAAUGCGUAUUAAAUUUGGCUUUACAAUAUGGAAAAGAUAUUUACAUCAUUCAUCACCACAAAAAUUAAAUAAUUGGAAAAAACCAGUUGGUUUUGAUACUGGUAUAUCAAUUUAUAAUUACAUGAUAAAAAAAAAAGUACCAUUAAUAUUAAAUAAUAAAAAUAUUGCUAAAUGGUACAUGUGUGGACCAACUGUUUAUGAUUCAGCUCACAUUGGACAUGCUUGUACAUAUACACGUUUUGAUAUUAUAAGAAGAAUAUUAAGUGAACAUUUCAAUAUAAAUGUUAUAUGUGUUAUGAGCAUAACAGAUAUUGAUGAUAAAAUAAUAAAUCGUUCAUCUGGUUCAUCACAAUUUUCUGACUGGAAAGAGUUGAGUAAAUAUUAUGAAAAUGAAUUUAAUAAUGACAUGAAAUUAUUAAAUAUACAAUCACCAUAUUUAAAUUGUCGUGUUACUGAUUAUAUACCACAAAUAAUUGACUUUAUAAAUGUGUUAUUAGAAAAAAAUAUGGCAUAUGUUGUUAAUGGAUCAGUUUACUUUAAAACACUUGAUUGCAAUUUGUAUGAUAAAUUUGGUAAGCUUGAUAAAAAAGCAAUAAACAUGGAUAAUCCAUCAGAACGAGGUGAAAAAAAAUCAUCAUUAGAUUUUGCACUGUGGAAAGCAUCAAAAACAAUUGAUGAACCAUCCUGGAAAAGUCCAUGGGGAAAUGGUCGUCCAGGUUGGCAUAUUGAAUGCAGUGCAAUGGCUAGUUUUACACUUGGUUCAAAUAUUGAUAUACACAGUGGUGGCAUUGAUUUGAUGUUUCCACAUCAUGAAAAUGAAGAAGCACAAUCAUGCUGCUAUCAUUCAACUGGCCAGUGGAUCAACAAUUGGCUACACUCUGGUCUGUUGCAUCUUGAUGAUACCAAGAUGUCAAAAAGUCUCAAUAACACUGUGACAAUUAGAAAUAUGCUUGAUAAAUAUACACCAAAUCAAUUUAGAUUAUUGUGUCUUUAUACACAUUACAGAUCGACAAUUGAAUUUAAUGAAAAAACAAUGGAUAAAGCUGUAGCAUUGAUGAAAAAGUUUGAAUAUUUUUAUGGUGAUUGUAAAAAUUAUAUUUCUGGUAAAUUACAAGCUAAUAAUAUUGAUGAAGCUUUGAUAUAUGAUAGAUUAAUAAAUGCUCAAGUUAAUAUUAAAAAUUACCUGGCAAAUGAUUUUGGUACACCACAAGUUAUUGAAGAAUUAUCAGAACUUGUUACAGUUGUUAAUAAAAUGAUUGUUCCAAGUGAUCCUGAUAGUAAUAAUACAACAACUGGUGCAAGAAGUGCUGAUUGUAUUGCAGCUGUAUCACAAUAUGUUGAUAAAGUUUUAAAAUCAUUUGGUAUUGUUAAUAGCCAAGAAGUUAUCCUAGCUAAUGAUGAUAAAAUCAAUCAAAUUGUUGAUACACUUGUCAAUUUUAGAAGUACCAUUAGAAAUAAAGCAUUAAAAGAUUUUAAAGAUCAACAACAAAAAGAAUUAUUAACAAUUUGUGAUGAUGCACGAAAAAAUUUAUCUGAUUGUGGUAUUAAAAUUAAGGAUUUCAAGGAUAAUUCAACUUGGACUAUUUUAGAAAAAUAAUAGAAAAAUUGGUUAUUGUAUGUAAGAGAUUUGUUUUAAAUUUUAAUAAAAAAUAAUUAAAUCAUACAAUUGUUAUAA